AUGCGGGCCCUCUUCUGGAAUAUCAGAGGGAUGAAGAAGGCUGCUGGUCGUGCAACCUUUAGCAACAUUCUUCUAGCCAAGCACCCUGAUGUGGUUUGUCUAGCAGAACCAAUGGUGGAGGCAAGAUCAGUGUUCCCAAACCUGGAUGCGGAAUUAAAAGCUGCAAAGGAUGAUCAAGAAAACAAGCUUGCAAAGGAUGGAGAGCUCUUGGACUGCAUUCCCCAUAUUCUUGACGACCUUGACGUUAGAGGAUUGGAAGCCAUCCCAAAUGAUCAAGAAAUCAAGCUUGCAAUAUGGGACCUGGACCCUGACAGUUCUCCAGGCCCUGAUGAUUUCUCUGGUGCUUUCUUCAGACAUUGUUGGGAGCUGAUUGGUUUUGAUGUUUGCCGUGCUGUGAAGAACUUUUUCAGACUGGAACCCUUCCUAAAGGAAUCAAUAAUAGCUUCUUGGUCCUCAUCGCGAAAAUGGAAGGUUAUGGUCACAAGGCUCUCUUCUCUCCUCCCUAAACUCAUCUCGGAAGAGCAAGGCACCUUUCAGAAGAACAAGGUAAUUCAGUCCAAUAUCAGCCUGGCUUCAGAGUUAGCUAACCUCAUGUUUGACUGUACAAGAGGUGGAGGUAUGAGGAUAAAAAUAGAUAUCCGGAAAGUCUUUGACACUGUUUCUUGGAGCUUUCUCUUCCAAGUCCUGAAAAAGUUUGGUUUUCCUGAUACCUGGAUUGCUUGGUUGCAUCAAAUUCUUCGUUCAUCCAGAAUUUCAGUGUUGCUUAACAGAGGUCCGAUUGGGUUCUUUGGUGUUGAGCGAGGGCUGCGUCAGGAUGAUAUCUUCUUCUUUUUAAAUGGCUCCAUCAGAUACGUCAGACAUUUCAAUGACUUUCUUACAAAGUAUCAGCAGUUUUCCGAUCAACAAAUCAACCUCGACAAGAGUAAACUUUUUCUGGGGAAGAUGUCUCUAGAUAGGAAGCAACACAUCUCUGAUACCCUUGGAAUUUCCAUCUGCAAGUUCCCUACAAAAUAUCUGGGAGUGAAAAUUUUCAAGGGUAGAGUCACUCGUGAACCACUCCUCCCGGUGAUGGAUAAGAUUAAAGGAAGGAUGGCUGGUUGGAAAGGAAAGCUCCUAUCCAUGGUUGGUAGGGUGGAACUGGUUCGAUCUGUUAUAUCUGAUAUGCCAUUCCACAACUUCUCUGUAUACUGGUGGCCUAGCUCUUUAUUGAACAUCAUGGAGAGAUGGAUGCAGAACUUCAUUUGGAGUGGCGAUCCUGAAACAGCCAAAGGAGUAAUAAUCAAUUGGGACUCUAUCGGUAAGCCUAAACAGGAAGGAGGGCAUGGAAUUAGGCGUCUGAGGGAUGUCAACAAAGCUCUUCUCUGUAAGCAGGUAUGGAAUAUAAAGCACUCAACAUCAGCCCUGAGCAACAUUAUUAAUGCUCGCUUUCUGAGGAAAAAUGAGGAGCUUAAGAAGGGAUAUAAAUCUUCCACAAUUUGGCCAGGCCUUCGAAGAAUGUGGUCUCUUGUCUCUCACUAA